GCACGAGGAUCCUGCCUUUAUCGAGUGCCUUAACCGAGCUAGGCAGAUGGGAACCGCUGCGGAGGAGAUGGUUGAGGGGUUAAUGGCGGCAGGGUACCUACCCACGACGGUGAUGAAUGCGCUUCAGCAGGUCGGGCACGAUGCCGAGAAGCUGAUGAGGCAUCUGUGCAGCCAAAUGUAUCCGGAGUCGAUGAGACUAGAGGCGGAGGAGAUCGCAUGGAGGGAGUACACGAAUCGAGAGAGAAUACGAGGAGGAGGAGGAGGAGGAGGAGGAGGGGGGGGGAGUGGAGCAGCUGCAAAGGGGAAAGCGCCGGAGUCGUCCAUGUCCAGACGGAUGGCGAUGAGACCGAUGCUGGAACAGAUGCGGCGGGAAGAGCUGCAGAGACUCCAGUUGCAGGCAGUGGUGGGGGUGUUAGUGGGCCAGAUGCAGAAGGGGUCGAAGGUUGAUGUGGGGGAGAUGAAACUGGACGAGUGGUUGGAAGCCCGAGGUCAAGAUAUGUUAGAAAUUCUGUGGGAACUGGAGGAGGGGCCGGAUCCUCGGUUUGAAGCAUAUCUUGAUUGGAGACGACUGGACGCAAAGAUGCUCGUCUGUCAGGCUUUAUUUCGGGAGGGGCGUGACCUGCACUGGCGAAUGGAGGAGUGGUUGGAGGAGGACGACAUAGGGGUGGAUGGGGGGCUACCUCUUGUUCAUUCUCCUGCUGGGCGGGUAGGUGGUACGGUUGUUUCAGCUGAUCAACCAGGGAUAACUGAAGGGGCCAAUACAACACGCUGUACUUUGGUGAAGGGGACUACUGCGACAUCAUCGCCGAUACCGCCAACAAGUGCAGCAACAGCGCAAGGAUUAACAAGAAUCACGGCAGAAAUACCGUCACAAACGACAGAGGCAGUACUAAUGGAAGUGCUGGAGUUGGGAGUGGCGAAGAUGACAACCUUGACGGAGGCGAAGAUGACAACAUCGACAACGAUGAUAACAAUAACAACAGCAACAGUGACACCGACAACAACGACAACAACGCUAACGGCUGAAAACUCCAUCACAACCGAUGGGGGAAAAGGAGUGGGCAGUGAAGACAUUGACAAGGGAAUCAAUCGGGUUAACAUCAAUGAUAUUAUGGUUAGAGCACCAGUUGUCAAUGCGCAUUGUGGUCGGAGGUUGUGGGUUCAAAACUCUGCACCUCUGCGCAGAGACGCCGGAGAGCGUUUACAUAACGUAAGGAUGGGGGGGAUGUGGGAAGGCCUUCGACAAUGCGACGACGCCACGGAUGACUACUUCAACGAGAAGCAGCACAGCGUUGGGGAGCAGCAGAGGGACCACCAGAAGCAGCACUGCGAUGUGGAGCAGCAGAGGGAGCCUGCGGUACAGGUGUCAGGCCACUCCGGGACGAGAUACAUUGUAACGAUCCCAGUUGCGAUAGAGAGGGUGCAGGGAGCGGGAAAACUACAAAUUGAAGUUUCGCCAGAUGGAUUAUACCCAUUUAUGCCGCCGGAAGUGAUGCUGUACAAGAACGACUUUCUUCCAUUUGCGUCCAUUGCCGCUGCGACGAUUGACCUUAACCGAGAGGCUCGAAAAUUCAAAGGGAAGCCAAUGAUUGCGGAAUUGAGGAAGUGGAUUCAAGAAAAGGCGGAGAGAUCCAUCACAAGUGCAAAUCAACGGCGAACAGCAAUGAGAAGCAUGAUCAAGUUGAAAAUCCCAGCAAAGGAGGAAAACUCCUCCAAGGGAAAAACGAAGAGGAGGUGAGAGAGAGAGAGAGAGAGAGAGAGAGAGAGAGAGAGAGAGAGAGAGAGAGUACAACAGGGAGGGCUUGUUCAUUCUCCACCGUCAGCCCGCCACUAAUUUACAGCUGAAAACCCCAUCAAAGGAGGAAAACUCCAAGGGAAAAGCAAAGAGGUGACAGUGUGGAAGAGAGAGAAGCGACAUGCAAGAGAGAGAGAGAGAGAGAGAGAGAGAGAGAGAGAGAGAGAGAGAGAGAGAGAGAGAGAAGAAGAGCGCUUCUUCUUCAUUCCCCACUGUCAGUCCGCCGCAAAUUUAGUGU